GAUGCCCGUUAAUAACUAGCCAACAUACACACAUAAGUAAAUAAGUGGUGUUGUAAAUAAGAAACAAGUAUAAAUUCAACACAAAAACAAACAAAAUAGUAAAUAUUUAAAAUUUCACACGAAAAUACGAAAUGCCGAUGCCGAAUCCCGUUACCAUUGAUUAUAUAAUAUUCUGUACUAGCGUUUCUCAAACUAUGGGUCGCGACCCACUGGUGCGUCCCGAGUCGAUUUUCGGUGGGCCAUGAAAAUUAUUUUGAAUUAUAUAGAUUCCAAGAAAUAUAAAUGUUUUUAGAUUCUAAGCGGAACAUUGGAGGAAUGCAUUGGUUCUAUUGCGUUUAUUUUUACAUAUUAUUUGUAAACAAGUUUUCUACCAGCAAUUUAGCUCAGAUUUUCAAGUUUAACAUUUUUUCUGCAAGGAAAUCCGACUGGAAUGGUACUUAAAGGGGAUAAUUUUUACUUUUUGAAAAGUGAAACCGUGUGGGUCGCGAUAGAUUUUCACGGAAAACUUUGGGUCGCAGUCGUAAAAAGAUUGAGAACCACUGUUCUAUACACAAUGGUAAAUACCACAGGUAUCUAUAAUAUUCUAUAAUCAAUGGUGUCAUGCACUGAUAUAUUUUCAUGUCCUCUGGUGGUGGGGGAAGCGCCUAAAAACAUGAGUCGUUUUCAGUAUCAGUGGACGUUCUCAUUCAUAAUAUUUACAGAUUUAUUAUUAUCUAUGGACGUUCUCUACUAUUAUUUAUUCGUCUCUAUACCAUACUAUGAUAAUAUUGUCAUAUAUUUUUAAUUACAAUUAACUAUAAUGCCUAUAGUGUCUAGAUAUCAAGACUUGAAAGGUAGCGUAAAUCGUUAUCAAAGAAAAAAUAAUUAAUACAAAUUGUACAAAUUAUGUUCAACGUGGUUUAUGAUUCGACUGUACUGAGCAAUUUUUCGGGCAAUAUCAGGUGCCAGCUCUAAGUACAACCGUGCACACGUAUGGAUAACGCUAACAUACUUCUAUCACAAGGUGGAUUAAUUUAUUAUUAAGAUAUCAUUAAUAUGAUUAUAACUUUUUGACUGAUAGUACAACUGUGAUUUGAUAUCAGUUGUUCAAGUUCAUUCGAGUUAGAACAUUAAAACUUCAUAUUCUGUAUAGGUACUUAGGUACCUAUACAAGAUUGGUUUUACAUUUUUAAAAUAAAUAAUUACUUCAACUAUUAAAGUUAUAUUUUUCGAUUAAUAAUUGUCCGGGAUGAAAUAUAUAAUAACAUAAUUACUAUAUAACGAGUAUUAAUUAUUAUUUCUUUAAACUAUCUAAUAGAAACCUACUUAAAUUACUGUUAAGCGAUGUUUAUUUUCGGUCGAAUCACUAAUUAUACCUGCGCAUACUUUUAAUGAUUGACAUGUAUAUACUUUUACUGUGAAACAAUAUGGUCACCUAAAAGAAACGAAAUACAAACAUAAUUGAAUACUGAUAAAACAAAGUAAUAAUCAUUAUUGGUAAAUAAUAAAUUGUAGAAUUAUUAUUUAUAAUGUCAAAAUUAAUUUAUUUUUCAGAAUUGCUGAAAUUUUUGACAGACAGCCCGCCAUAAUGUUUGUUCUAACUAUGGUUAUUUUGUUUAUAGUCAUAGCGAUUUUAUUUAUUAUAUCCAAAAACUAUGUAGUAGAAAAACAAAAACAUGAUAUCAGUCCGGACUUCCAAAAACUCCAACGGAGUUACCUGAUUGUUUACUGCAUGGCGUGUUUUGCUGAUUGGCUUCAAGGGCCAUAUGUGUAUAGUUUAUAUAAACAUUAUGGGUAUAAUGAAGGAGAAAUCGCUGUUCUGUUUAUCGUAGGUACAAUAUCUAAUAGUUUAUUCGGAACCUUCACAGGUGCACUUGCCGAUAAUUAUGGUCGUAAAAUACUUUGCAUUCUGUAUGGUUUAUUGUAUUCAGGAUGCUGUAUCACUAAACUCUAUGAAAACUAUAGGUUAUUACUUCUUGGACGUUUGCUAGGAGGUAUAAGUACAUCUAUUUUGUAUUCAGCAUUUGAUUCAUGGUAUAUCAACGAACAUGUCAAUUAUUAUAAAUUGCCUAAUGAGUGGUUAAAUAAUACAUUUGCUAAGGCAACAUUUUUGAAUGCAAUGCUUGCUAUAUUUGCUGGAAUAUUAUCAUAUUUCUUGGUGAAUAUUUUAGAAUUUGGACCAGUUUCCCCUUUUAUCAUGGCCAUUCCGUUUCUUAUGGCAACCAGUAUAUAUUCAAUCAUGUCACUAAAUGAACACUAUAUUUAUAAUGCGAUUUCUCCAUCUUCUUCGGUAAAAAAUGCUAUUGUCUUAUGGUUAACGAAUAAAAAUAUAUUUACUUUGAGUAUAGUUCAAUCGUUUUAUGAAGGCGUUAUGUAUUUGUUUAUAUUUAUUUGGACUCCUGCUUUAGAGCCAAUAAAACCACCAUUAGGAUUAAUAUUUUCCAGUUUUAUGUUGGCUUUAAUGAUUGGUUCUAAAAUAUAUUCAAUAAUGUCGGCGAAUAAUGUAUUAGAUUCAACUAAACUUUUAGAAAUAUCUACCUUCUUGGCCAGCUUUUCAUUUUUAAUAUGUUCAGUUGUAUCAACAGUCACUUUCACUAAUUACUCACCAUAUACAAUUCAAAUUUGUUAUUUGUUUUUCAUAUUUUAUGAAAUUUCUAUAGGUAUAUACUUACCAUCUAUGACAUAUUUAAAAAGUCAUGUAAUACCUGAAAAAGUUCGAGUUACUAUAUCAAAUGUCAUUAAAAUUCCAAGUAAUAUGUUUAUAUGUUUAGCACUGUUAUGGAUACAUUUAAAAGAAAAAAGUCAUAAGACUGAUGGUGAUAUUAUUUUCACAAUUUAUAAUGUUUGUUUAAUUGCAACGACUUUUACAUUCAUGUGCUCAAAAAUAUUUUCUAAAUUUCAUCAUAAAACUUACAAAGAUGGAAUUAAACAUUCUGAUGUUGAAGUAUAAAUAUGGCAUUAUAAUGUAAUAUUAAUGAUAGGUGCCAAUAAAAAUUAGUUUCGAAUUUAAGCAAAUUAUAUAUUAUAUAAGCAAACUAAUGUUUUAAACAGUUACACAUUUAUAUUUUUACAUUCACCUACUAAUAUAAAAGUUAAAUUAUUUUAUUAUAAAUAAUAUAUUACUAGUAAAUCAUAUCAUACAUAUACGUAUUUAUUAUUUUAUAAUUUAUAUAUAUACUAAUAUAAUUACUGGUACCAAAAGGUAGUCAAAUGUUAUAAAAUAACAAUCAUUUGUUUUUCAAUUAAUAUGUUUUUAUUAGCUAUAUAUUUGUUUAUAUUAAUGUUUAGCUCAAUUAAUGUGUUCAGCAGUUAAUUUAUUAUUGAUCAAUGUAAAACAUUUUAUGAUAGUUUUUAAUUAUAGAUAUUAUUAUAUUAUACUAUCUAUCAAAUUAUAUUUUUAAUACUAUACAAAUUGUACACUAUUCAUUUUUAAAAGACUAAUGUAAUAUCUAAUAAUAAACAUUCAUUAUCAAAAUAUAACCCACUAUUAUGAUAAUAUGACAAUAUAAUACAUAUCAUUGGUAUGAUUUAUUUGUAAUUUUACAUUAUACACUGUUAUAUACUUUGUGACCCUCAAUAUAAUUAUAAUAAAAUAUAUUAUCUGUUGUAAUUAUUCUUAAUUAAAUAAAAUAAAGUGUACAAGCCAUGAGAAAUACAACACAUAUAUACAGGAUGAUUCACUAAGCAUACUUUCCCCAUUUUUUAGUUAAAUUUUGCAUGUAUUCAAAUUCUGAUUUUUGGAAUUUUUAAUUAUAGUUAAAACUGAUAAUUUUAAAUACUUAGAAUUUUCAAAACACUGAAGGAAUAUUCUGUGGUGAUACCAUAAACAAUUUUAACAUCAAUGUUUAUUUUAAGUGAUACUAGCAAAGAAUUUUUAAUAUAGGUUCUCAUUUGGAAAAUCAAAUUUGGUAUCGCCACAGAAUAUUCCUUAAAUGUUAUUAAAAAUCUAAGUAUUUGAAAAUAUUGGCUUUAAUUACACUUAAAAAUCAGAAUUUGAUUAUUAUGUGCUAAAUUUAACAAAUAUAUAUUAUAUUAUAAUAUAUAUUCAGAUAUACAUUAAAUUUCUCUCUACCUUCCCAACUUCUUACCUAUAACAGUGGCCCAACUAUUGUGUGAAGUAUGUCUGUUUAUUUUUUAAUAUAUUUCUUAUUUAUAUAGGUAUACUAUAUAUAGGUAUAAUAAUCUAUUAUAGGAUCUAUUUUGAGUGUUAGCAUUUAACACCAUUAAACUAUAUACAAUUGGGGUAACUUUUAAUUUAAUAAUUAAAUUAUUUUAAGUUAUUUAACAAUU